UAUUAUCUAUGUAUACUAUGUAGUUAUUUCUAUCAUGCCACAGAUAAUAUAAAAUAUUUUUAUUUAAUCUGUGGUUACCAUCUUAAAUCGUGCUGACUACUGAGUGCUGAGUGCAGCUGAGAGGCGAGAGCUGACCACGUCUUGGGAGUUGGGACUUCUAAAGUUCUAAAAGUUUAUCUGUGACAUCAUUCCUGUUAUUUAGUCAUGGUUCCCGGUUUCCAUCGGCCACCAUUAAGAUAGAAAAUUUUAUUUUUUAUCUUUAAUGCUUGGUGUUUAAUGUUUUUUUUAUCAUUUUGCUGAGUAUUGAAAGAGAGUAAUAUUUUAUACUUCUAGUUAUUUGAACGAGAUGCUUUUCACAUAAUACAUUUUAAAAAUGGUUAAGUGCUGUUAUGUACCAGGGUGUACUACUGGUAACGCUUCAUACGUCAGACAACAAAAAGCAAAUGGCUUAAAAAAUAAAAGUUUAUUUAAACCACCCAAAAAUAAGGAGCUUUUAGCAAAAUGGAAUAAAGCUAUACCCCGAAAAGACAAAGUUCUCACAGAAAGCUCUUAUGUUUGUGAAUUGCAUUUUGAAGAGAAUGAUGUUCUAUUUUAUGAUGAGACUAUUUUAUGGGAUGGAACAGUCAAUAAACUAAAAAGAAUUAGACCUAUAUUAAGAGCUGGAGCAGUUCCGUGUAUAUUUCCUAAUCUUCCAUUUUAUUUAACAAAACAUAACAAGAUAAGAAAACCUCCUCGAGAAAGGUCUUUAUGUAUCGAUAAAAAGUUAUCUAAACCAAGUCAAUCUCGUUCAGAUACAGGUGAAAUGAGAUGCCCUGAAAAUAUCUACCAAGAAUUUUCUUUUCAGUAUUUAAAAGAAAACCUUAACCAACUAGAAAAACCCGAUAGUAAAUGGAUUUUUAAAUCAAAGGAUGAUGAAGUAGUGCUUGUGAGAUGUAAUUGUGGAUCUUCAAAAAAAAUAACAAUUUCAAAUAGCUUAAUAGCAAAAAUUUUUUUUAGUGAUGUUGAAGUUAUAUUUGACAACAUUAUUAAUACAGUUUUAUCGAGCAUGAAUGAUACAAAUAAGUUAUUGAAAAAUAUUCAUUCUUUAAUAGAAUGCAAAGGAAUGAUGACAUCAGAAAAUAUCAUUACCAGAUCUAUCACAUGCCAGGGAUAUGUUGAAAAACGUCUAGGACAACGUGGCCGUAUGAGUAAUUAUUGUUUUGACUGCAGGGUAGCUCGAAAAAAAAUGGCUGAUAGUUUGAGAAAAAAAUUAUCCAAACUUGGUUAUGAAGUACAAAAUAUAUAGAAAUCACUAUAUUAUUUAAGAAAAUCAUAUGACUUUAGAAAUAAGGUUAGUUAACACUACUUAAAAUAUUGUACUAUAUAAUGGUCUAAAGACCCUUAAAUGUGUAAAAAAAAA